CAGACCUGUUUUCACAUUUUCGAUGACAAGAAUGUCUUAAUUAUCAAGUCCUUUCAUAUUCAAAUAGUUCUUACGACUACGACAGAGACAUUAUUCAAAUAUAUCAGUGAUAUUGUCUAAAAUAAGCCACAAUGAACGUGUAUGAAACUUUGGAGAACGACAUGUCCAACGAACAACCCGAUUCAGUACUAUCAGAACAUUACAAACAAACAAAUAUUCAACAAUGGGACAAUGAACAAUUACGUUUUCAACAAGGUACAAUUAAAGAUCUACUUGAAGAUGUUAAACGAGGAGUCAACCAACAACUUCUUUCUCAGCACUUACUAAACAGCGUUGCUAAACAAUCCCUGAAUAUAAGAAGACGCCGUACAUCGUACUCCCGUUUCCAGAUGUGCUCAUUAGAAAACGAGUACCUCAAGCAUACCCAUCUAAACAAAGCCCAAAUAAUUAACAUAUGUACUCGACUCAAUAUGUCUGAAAAGCAAGUUAGGAUCUGGUUUCAAAACAGACGAAUGAAGCAAAGGGUACUUGAGCAGUUUGAAAUAAGCGGUGAUGAAUCAACUUCACCUUACAUCAGUGACAAAGAUGACCAUUCGGUGGUUAAUAAUUUGUUAACCUACGAAGUUGAUCAAAAUCACACAAAUGGGUAUAAUAGUUACGAGUUGCAACCUCAACAAAUUCAAUAUAACUAUCCCCAGCUCUACCAGUACAGUACUGGUGGAGUACCCGCAAUUUACAGCACAAUGCAACAUCACACGCUGAUGCCCACAGCGGAAGGUAUACUAGAUCAGACCCCUCCUGCAUCGCCCCAACAAUACUAUACUCUGCAGAGUGUGACACAAGCAAGUACGCCUAGUACCCAGGUGGAACUUCCGCAAGAGUCAUUGGAAGGGAACAAUUUAUAUGAUGACUCGAUUUCACGCCCAUCAUCAUCCUCAUCAUCUGAAAGUGGGUUUGGUUGUGUUACUCCUGUAGAAGAUUUUGGCUUUGGUGUAUAUCCAGAGAUGACCUUCAGUCAGAAUGAUCCUACUUACAUGCCAGGUCAAUCGCCAACUUACAACAUACAACAUAUUUCACCUCCCUCACCAUUGUUAUCAUUCGAAGGUGGGUCUGCCACUCCUGCACAAGAUUUUGACUUUGGGUUUUUGCCACAAAACUAUGUAUAUCCAGAAGGGAAAUUCAGUCAGGAGGCACGAAUGGAUAAUCUUACUUAUAUGCCAACUUCUUCCCAUAACAUACGGGAUAUUUUGUCUCCAUCACCAUCAUUAUCAUCGGAUGGUGGGUUUGGAUCUGCCACUCCUGAACAAGAUUUUGUUUUUGGGUUGUUGCAACAAGACCAUACAUAUCCAGAAGUAACCUUCAAUCAGGAGACACGAAUUGACGUGCAAGGUCAAUCACCAACUUACCACAACGUAGAAGAUAUUUCGCCUCGAUCAACUCCGGAUGAGAUUCGUGACAUUUUAUUAUCCUCGACGGAUAUUGAACGAGAAUUUUUUGAACGAGAAUUUGGAUUGUAAUAAAUGAUGAAUUCGUCAAUGACAACAAUGCUAAAUGCAUGAUGAGGAAACAGACGAACAAAUAAGAAAUUAUUGUUGUUUUAUUUGAGAUAUUUAUGUAAUUAAUAAGUCCCAGUAAUUAUCCAGUCUUGCAAUUAAUCUAAAAUAUAUUAUAUUACAAACAUCA